CGCGUAGAGCGGAGGGGAGAUAAGAUCAUAAGACCGUUGUCGUGAUUCGUGAAGGGUGGCGACAAGACAUGCCGCCGGGCACAACUGCUCCGGCGCCGGCGGCGGCUCCAGCAGCGGCGCCGAUCCGGACGCAUCUCCUCACCUCCGUCGCGAAGGUAGCGCUCACGGCCGCGCUCGUCUGCGGCGGUGGCGGUGGCGGCGGCCCCGCUGCCGUCGUCGUCGUCGUUCCGGCCGCUGCUCAUGCCGUCCCGUUCGUCCGUCCUCCUCCUCCCCUGCAGCUGCAGGGAAAGUCCUUCGCCGCCUCUACUCCUUACGCGCAGUCUCAGAAGCUGCAGCUUGGCCUCGACAAGCUCGGAAAGAUCAGGGCAUGUCCGUCCACCAACCCGGGGUGCGUGUCCACCAACGCGCUGGGAUCCUCGGGCUCCUUCGCCUCGCCGCUGAUCAUCCCGGAAUCAUCCGCCGCCGGGGAGAAGGCCGUCAUCUCGUUGCGGCAAGCCAUCGAGAAGACGCAGAGCAACGUGGACUUGAAGGUGGAUGAAGACACUCCAUACGGUCACUACAUCGAGGCGGAGAUGGACGGCGGCGUUGGGCGGGACGUGAUGGAGUUCCUGGUGAAGAAAGACGCCGGCGUGGUGGCGUACCGGUGCAUGGCCACCAAGGUCACCUUCGUGUACCCCUUCACCACCGCCGUCGGCGACUCCAAGGGCCAGAAGCAGAGGAUUGCGGCCAUCUCGCAGGAGCUCGGAUGGUACGCCCCGGACAUCCAAUCCUCCAUCGACUCCGACGACGACGCUCCUCCGUGAAGACCGUACAACGAAUCAUUAUCGAUCACUUCAUCGAUCGAUCGGGAGCGGAGGUACGGUAUAGUUGCGGAGCUGGUUGGUUUUCAUGCCUGCCUAGGGUCAUCAUGCAUGUAAGUAUGCAGGCAUCCGUCAAAUAGUACAGAUAUAAUUAACAUAUAAGUAAUAAGAUAUAUAAUCAUAUAAAUGUACAAUUGUAGUAGAAUA